AUCUGGCAACAGUGUGCACCGUGUUGGCCUCCGUCUGGUGCCCUAUUGUUUUCCAUACAGCACCUUGUUUACAAGAACCUCAGUCAAAGUGAAUUCCCAGCACUGGAAGUUAUCUUGUCUUUGGUGCAGGACUUGUGUAUGCUUUUUCUUACUGCAAUUUGCAGCACCUCGCUUCAUACUCUUCCGUUUGCAGCAUGUCCUUGAGUCUGUUUUCAUAUGUGAAUGGUGGUAAACUUUAAGAGCUGCCUUGAAGUUGAUAGCUAUACCAGACUGAAUAGCUGAAAUCCACGUUCUCUAGUUUAAUAACUGAAGUUAUCAGCUCCCCUCUCCCAUGAUUUUCUAUUUUGUACAUACAUUGUUUUGUAUAUACUGUAUAUGAUGACUUCGGUGGGCAGUGAACGUACCCGGGGCACUCGGGACAAAACACAGAUUUCAACCACACAGCCAACACAACCACAGAAACAAGUAGUACAGGCAACAGCAGAACAGAUUCGCCUCGCUCAGAUGAUCUAUGAUAAGAAUGAUGCAGAUUUUGAAGAUAAAGUGAAACAACUUAUGGAAGUGACGGGGAAGAACCAGGAUGAAUGCAUAGUGGCGCUACAUGAUUGUAAUGGGGAUGUGAAUAGAGCAAUCAACAUACUGCUGGAAGGAAGCUCAGACACAACUUCAUGGGAGACUGUAGGGGGAAAGAAGAAAAGCCUUGGAAAAGAGAGUUCAGAAAACAAAGAGAACAGAGAAAAGCGAGGGGACAGAGAAGUGAGCCGUGGACGGGGAAGCUCCAACAGACGGGGAAGAGGAGGCAGCCGUGGCCGAGAAUUUCGAGUAGAAGAGAAUGGAGUGGACAACAGUCAAGGGGAGAGGCCUUCAGACCGUGGGAAGCGUGGUCGUGGGAGAGGGUUUGGACGUGGUAGAGGGCGAGGAGCUGGGAGAUUUUCAGCCCAAGGCAUGGGGACAUUUAACCCUGCAGACUACACGGAGACUUCUGCCACAGAUGGCUUUGGGCCAAAACCAGAAGUUUGGGAGACUGGUCAGAAUGAUGCAGAUGAUGGAACUGGAGCAUGGAAGAAUUCGAUAGAAGAAUGGACGGCAGAAGACUGGAAUGAAGAUCUUUCUGAAACAAAGGUCUUCACUGCAUCUUCUGUUCCAGCUGAGAAUCACAUCACUCCUGGGCAAAGCAUUGACCUAGUAACGUUACUUCAGAAACCUGUGACUUCUAGCCAAGAAACAGAAGGCAACUCUUUCGAGUCUCCCCAACAGCAGAGCUUUGGCCAAGCCCUAGUCUUCACGAAUUCCCAACACAACACCCAGAUGGCAUCAGGAACCGGCAAUUCCAGUGCUGUCAACUCCUAUUCUCCUCAGAGUCUGUCUUCAGUUCUCUGUUCUGGGUUUGGAGAACUUGGAUCCUCUAAAUUAGCAAACUCCACUGGAUCUCCGCUCUUGGACCAGUUGAAGUCUCCAGGUUUGGGUCAGUUCACCUCUCCGAGCUCUCAGCAAAACAGCAGUAGCUCCACUGCCACCACUGCUACCACCACAUCAUCCUGGGAUCUAAAACCCCCUAUUAGCCAAUCCUCUGUCCUCAGUCAGUUUGACUUUAAAUCCCAGCCUGAACCAUCCCCAGUUCUCAGCCAGCUGACCCAACGACAGCAACAGCAGACACAGGCAGUCCCUGUUCCUCCUCCUGGCUUGGAGUCCUUCUCCUCCCAAGUAAAACUCCGAGAGCCAUCACCAGUAGACAGUUCUAUGGCUGCAAGCAAAAUGCUGCAGCUCCCCAGCAUGUCUAUGGAUAACCAGGCAGUGUCUGCCCAUCAAACGCAGCAGAAACAGAUCAAACCACCGAAACGGAGGAUACCCCCGGCUUCUAAGAUCCCUGCCUCUGCAGUGGAAAUGCCUGGAUCGGCCGAUGUGACUGGGUUAAAUGUUCAGUUUGGAGCUCUGGAGUUUGGGUCAGAGCCUUCUCUCCCAGAGUUUGGGUCGGCCCCAAGCAAUGAGAAUAUUAGCCAGGUGCCCAGCAACAGCUUGUACUCGAAACCUGUAAAUGAUCCUUUGAAUACCUCUUUGCCAAUAUCCAAUACAGUACAGGAGUCCACCUACACAACCUCUGCCAUCACUUCUUCCAGUCUGACCUGCUCAUCCCAGAGCACUAGCCCCGUAACAACAACUUCCUCCUAUGACCAGACUUCUGUGCAUAGCAGGAUAGCAUACCAAAGCUCCAUGGCUCCAUCGGACUCAACCCCUGUUGCAGUCACGAAUGGGCACAGUGGUGUUCGAACACAGCCAACUCUUGACACUACUUCAUCAGUUCCAACGUCUAAGACAGAAACCUCUCCCUCGCUACCUACUGCGGGGUCUCUGCCUAGCACGGCGUCCUCCACUGCUUCGCUUCUGCCUUCAGCUCCACAGCACACAGCAACGUUACCCAGCUUGCCCCAGUCCAGUGACUUGGCCAGCAGCUCACUCUCCCAGUUAAGCAGUUCCCUCUCCAAUCAUCAGAACAGCCUCUCUUCUGCUGCAGCGCUGUCUGCGAGCACCUCACAUGCGCACACCAGUGUGGAGAGCACAGCUUCACUCCAGCCCUCAACAACCUUUUCAACUGCUUCAACCUCCGCCACUAGCACCACAUCCUCAGUUGUCAGCAUGGCAAGCAGUAUGAACACUACAAACAGCCUUGGCCUGAGCGUUACCAGUGUGUCUAUGCCAGCUGCUUCUACACGGGCAGCUCCCUUAGUGUCUUCAGGCAAAGCUCCCCCCAACCUGCCCCAAGGUGUACCACCCUUGUUGCAUAACCAGUAUAUUGUGGGACCUGGAGGACUCCUGCCUGCCUACCCAAUCUAUGGUUAUGACGAUCUUCAGAUGCUCCAAUCCAGGCUGCCAAUGGAUUAUUAUGGAAUUACAUUCCCUGCUCCUGCAACCUUGACAGGCAGAGAUGGGAGCCUUGCUAACAACCCAUACUCAGGUGAUGUAACAAAAUUUGGCCGCGGGGAUUCUGCCUCCCCUGCUCCCGCUACCACCCUGGCCCAGCCGCAGCAGAAUCAGACGCAGACGCACCAUACCACUCAGCAGCCCUUCCUAAACCCUACGCUGCCCCCAGGAUACAGCUACACGGGAUUACCAUAUUACGCCGGCGUGCCAGGAGUACCCAGUGCAUUCCAGUAUGGGCCCACCAUGUUUGUACCUCCAGCAUCAGCCAAGCAGCAUGGCGUCAAUUUGAACACCGCUUCCACCCCGUUUCAGCAGGCAAGUGGUUAUGGACAACAUGGUUAUGGAGCAGGCUAUGACGACUUAACGCAGGGAACGGCGGCUGGAGACUACAGCAAAGGAGGCUACAGUGGGUCAUCUCAAGCACAAAACAAAUCUGCUGGCACUGGACCUGGGAAAGGUGUUUCUGUGACCUCAAGUAACACAGGUGUGCCUGAUAUCAGUGGCUCAGUCUAUAACAAGACUCAGACGUUUGACAAGCAGGGAUUCCAUGCCGGCACACCGCCUCCUUUCAGCCUGCCAUCUGCUCUUGGAUCCACUGGGCCACUGAACCCUGGUGCUGCCCCAGGUUAUGCUCCAGCCCCGUUCCUGCAUAUCCUGCCUGCACAUCAGCAGCCUCAUUCCCAGAUGCUGCAUCACCACCUUCAGCAAGAUGGGCAGGGUGGAUCUGGCCAGCGCAAUCAGCCAAGCACCAUGCAGCAAAAGUCUCAGGCUACCAAAACCGCCUAUGGCACUUCUCCAUACUGGACAAACUAAAAACGAAACAAGGAAGGGGGGGAGGCAGGGGGAGACUGAAAGAAGAAAAAGCCGAUGCCCAUUCCUGGAACUAUUAGGAGAAAAAGUAACUGCUCAGCCAAACGUCUGUGCGGGGAGAACUGCAGCCAGCCAUCCUUCUGUG